AUGUCUCCGCCCGCAAUCAUUGCCCCCUCGAUCCUCAGCGCCGACUUUGGAAAACUCGGCGCAGAAUGCGCAGACACAAUCGGCCGCGGAGCUGACUGGCUUCAUGUCGACAUCAUGGAUGGCCAUUUUGUCCCCAACAUGACAUUUGGUGCACCCGUCGUAACCAAGAUCCGCUCGCACGUCGCAAAGCCGUCCACACCGGGGGAGCGAGGCACCUUUGACUGCCACAUGAUGAUCGCUGAGCCUCAAAAAUGGGUUGCCGAAUUCAAGGCCGCCGGCUGCGAUCUGUACUGCUUCCAUUAUGAAGCCGCAAUCUCGUCGACCGCCGCCAAAGAGCCGGCCGACGCCCAGACGACUCGCAACACCUCCCCCCGAGAACUCAUCCGCUACAUCCACGAACAGGGAAUGAAAGCGGGUAUUGCCAUAAAGCCUGAUACAUCAGUGGACGUCCUCUGGGAUAUCCUCGAGAAUAAGGAAGAGGCUGAGCGGCCAGACAUGGUCCUUGUAAUGACAGUCCACCCUGGUUUCGGCGGUCAGAAAUUCAUGGCUUCAGAACUGCCCAAGGUCACAGCCCUUCGCAAAAAGUACCCUAACCUGAACAUCGAAGUCGAUGGGGGCUUGGGACUGGGAACUAUCGACCAAGCAGCAGAUGCCGGCGCCAAUGUGAUUGUUGCCGGAUCUGCUGUGUUUGGCGCUCAGGAUCCAAGGGAGAUCAUCAGUAAGCUGCGCGAGGCCGUCGAGUCGAGACGGCAUUGA